CUUCAAUAUAACAUUUAGAGGAAGCAUCAGAUAGGAGGAGGAAAAGGGAAGGAGGAUAUUUUGCUUGGGGCAUACAUCUCCAGAGAUAGCACUCAGCAACAAGAAAAGAGAGAUCCUUCUUUGUUUUGAAGCUGCCGGACUUGAAAUCAUGUGAACAGUGGCAUAGUGGGAUAACUGGAUGGCUGACACAACCCCUAUUUACCCUGCCUUCUUCAGAAUCUUCCUUUCAGAUCAUCACUCUGAAAGAAUGAAAGUUCCACCGGAAUUUCUGAAGUAUUUGGAAGAAGACUUUUCAGCAAAUGUGAUUCUUAUAGGUUCAUCUGGUUACCAGUGGCAAGUGACCAUUUUCAAGGGUGAAAAGGUAUAUAUGCAAAAUGGCUGGCCACAGGUUCUUACAGACAACUCAGUGAAGUCGAAGGAGUUGUUGCUUUUUACAUAUAAUGGACAGAACCGAUUCCUAGUGCAAUUUUUCAGUAGCAAUGGAUGUGAGAGACAAUGCACUAAAACAAUAAAACAUGAAGAAGCUGCCACCCCAAUCUUGGUGCAGAAAAGAAAGAGGGGAAGACCAAGAAAAGAAAAGGGACUCCCAACCAAUUUCGUCAACCAGAUGAAAGAAUGCCAUAUCAGCAAAGAAUGUGAAAGAGCCUCCCAACCAGCAAAGAAGUACCCUGACUUUUUUAAAGUUUUCCUCCCAGAACGACACUCUGAAAGAAUGCUUAUGCCAAAUGCUUUCGUAAAGUUGGCACGCCAACAAGGAUGGGAACCCAGGGAUCUCAUCCUUAAGAACUCUCAUGGGAAAGUUUGGGAAGUCAAAGCAAUUCCAAUCGACAAUCAACUGUAUUUUGAUGUUGGAUGGAAGCAGUUCCGAGAAGAUAAUUGUUUAAAGGCUGCAAACUUUGUUUUUUUUACACAUAUUGAAAGUAAUGAGUUCAAGUUUAAGAUCUGUGAAUCAACAGGGUGUGAAAGGACAAAGGUAAAUGGUAGAAAAGAACAAGACAUGGUAAGGGAGGAUGCGGUAGAGCUCGAUGAGGAGGAAGAAGAAGACGAGGAUGAUGAUGAUUAUGUUGUGGAUGAGGAUGAGGAUGAAGAUGAUGAUGAGAACGAGGAUGAGGAUGUUGAUGUUGAUGUUGAUGUUGGUGUUGGUGUUGGUGUUGGUGUUGGUGUUGGUGUUGGUGUUGGUGUUGGUGUUGGUGUUGAUGAUGACAAUGAGGAUGAGGAUGAGGAGGACACAGAGGAGGAUGAAGAAGAAGUCAAGGCAACCAAAAGGAGACAAUCUCCUGCUAAAGCCUGCAAAGUCAACUUGAACAGGGAGAAGGGAGGCAGUUCUGGGACCAAGGUUCAGCCUUUACCUGCUGAUUUAUUUGGUUUAGGGGAGAAGGGAGGCAGUUCUGGGACCAAGAUUCAGCCUUUACCUGUUGAUAUAUUUGGUAUAGGGGAGAAGGGAGGCAGUUCUGAGACCAAGGCUGAAGAUGCAGAACAUGAUGAAAUUGAUGCAGAAUUCUAUAUUCACCCGGACAAUCCCUACUUCCCUGUUAAACUAUGGAAAACUAGACCCAACGAUUUGCAUAUUCCACAUACAGUCCUCAAAGACUUUUCCCCUUGGUUUGGAAAAAAAGUCACCCUUGUGUGUUGCCAGUGUCAGAAUAUUCAAAGAAAUGAACUUCAAAACUACCAUCUCAGCUUGCAUCAACAACAGACAUCCAUCAGCAGAAGACACACAGAAGUGGGAGAAGUAGCUAGGUGGAAAGAUGGGCGAGUGUGUAUCAAAGGGUGGUUAUCUUUUCGCAGAAAGAACAAGAUCAAAGAAAAUGAUGCAUGCAUCUGUGAAAUUGUGUGGCAGGAACAUCAAGAAAUAGAAAUGAUACGGGUGCAUGUAGCAAAGAAGAAAUGAACAGGAGUAUCAUAGAUGUGGGCUUGCGAACUUGUUUAUUUUUUGUUAUGAAUUUGUUUCUUCCAUGGUGAACCAAUUAUGUCAUUCAGAUACUGUCAAAAUAUCCUGUUGCAGAACUUGAGUGAGUUUGCUGUAAUAAUAUGCAGUU